AUGCGCCGCCCAUUCCUCACCCUCUUCGGCGCAGAUCCCGCCCUGGACGCUCUCCACCCCUACGAAACCUCAUGGCUUCUCCCGCCCAUUCUGCUCGGGCUCAUGCGCGCCAUAAUCGCCAUCUACAUCUUUUUUUGCAUUGUAUACAUCUUCAUCCACGACGCCAUCAGCCACGACUCCGUCGCAAUCGGACAGUCGUUUAGCUACUUUACCUUCCUGAAUUUCUGGGGUAUGGGGUUCUACUUUGCUGUCUCGGCAGUGCAUACGUUGCUGUAUGCGGCGACGGGGCGGUCUGUGAUAUUUGAUCGGUUGCCGCGUGUGUUUAGAGGGUUGCAUGCGCUGUUUUAUACGUGUGCGACGACAUUUCCGUUUUUGGUGGUGGUGAUUUAUUGGGGGGUGUUGUACAGCGGGCCGUGGUUUCCGGAGUGGUUUGGUGCUUGGAGCAAUAUCUCCGAACACGGCAUAAUCGGGCUCUACGCUCUUCUAGAAGUCUUCCUGACCACCACACCCCCGCACCCUCUUAUCAAUCUCGCAUUCCUCAUUCUGAUCCUUUUGCUGUACUUGUCCCUUGCAUACCUGACCCACUACACUCAGGGCUGGUACACAUACUCCUUUCUGGAUCCUGGUGACCACGGGCAACACAACGGUAAAGUUGCCGCGUACUGUUUCAUCAUCUUGGCGAUUAUUUUGGUUGUGUUUUUUGCGACAUGGGGGUUGAUUUGGGUGAGAAGGAAAUUGACACACGAGAAGAUCAAGAGGGCGAGGCGGGAUUUGGCGCCGGUGUAUGGGAAUAAUUCGUACCUUCGUGGAGAUGAGGAAAUGCGCAUUGGUAGGGUGAAGGGCCCGAACGAGUUUUAG